UAAUCAAUGCAUUGAUUUUGCUUGGCUGAGAAAACUCAAAAAAGUUCACAUCAUACAUCAUACAUCAUACGAAUCAGUCAUGGAUUUACUUUACAUACUACAAAACCUAUCAUAAAUCAUUCAAAGACUCCUUUAAUAACGUCUCAUUUUCUAUAGACAUAAUAUACAUCUGGGUGAGGCCCAGGAAAACAUGUGGAUCAAUAUCAAACAACCUAAGAUGUCGUGGCAAUCAAUACCGCCUCUACAAUUAACAUAAGUGUCUACGAAUACCUUGUCAAAUCAUCACGCAGCUUCUUUCCCAUUCAUCAGUCAUAUCUAUCUGCUGCUUCACUCUUUUCGCCUUAUGAUACCCCCGUUCCAGAUACCCAAUCAAUGCACCCACCAUCCUUCCCCUGAUACAUCUGGGAUAUAUUUUAUUUUCUGCUGCCCAACAUACCUACAUCUACAUAACCUUGAGAUAAACGAAAAAGAUCAAGGCAAAAUCUUUCGACAAAACAAACUUCUGCAAAGCUGGCUGAGCUACUUGGAGAUAAGCUCAUUUUUAUUAUUUAUUGUUAAGUAUUUAAUACCUUGAGCCUACCAAACGCGUUGCUUUGCCUUCCAGGCUGAGUGUCAUUAACAAAUAACGGAAGCACGAGUGUAAAUAGAAGAGGUUUCUUUUUUCCCUCGAUUUGUUUUCGUAAUCCAUUUGAAAUUCUCAGGGAAUUAUGUCUACUCAGGAUUUUGUUGAAGCAAACUCACUUUCUGGUCUUAACCAGCUUGCCGGAUGCCCUCCGAAGUAUCCACGAAAUCCAACCGAGCAGAAGAGGGCCAAUCUGGUUCUCUACGUCGCUAGAGUACCUGGUAGUAAUGGUGCGUUCAGAAUAAUGUGGCGGCCCCAACAAGAUAGCUGACUCUUUUCGGUAGAUAUCAUUCUUACUACCUUGAAACCACAAUUGAAGAAUGUCACAUCCGAGGAUAUCGCAAGCUCUUUAUACUACUUGCAUCUAAACUCGGACGAAGAUGCCCAUCUCUUAUCCGAAGAGCAGUCGAUUCCUUCUCGGGCGCUGUCUAAAAAGACUUUACCCAGGAAACCCUUACCCGCUGGCUCUAGAGCUCAGUCUUUAGAUAUUGAUAGGCAAAGUAUAUUAAACUCAAAGCGCCAAGCACUUGCGCUAGAUAUUCAACAGAAUGAUACUUUGGGACAACAUGACUUCGUGACUCCGCGUGAUAGCCUAGCAAAUACGCCAAUGGUAGCAGAAGCAGGUAUUUCUGGGCGGUCCGUAGGCCAGCACUCUUCUAUGGGGCGUGCCAACACCGUCAACAGAAAGCCUCUUCCGAGAGUAACGCCUGAAAAUUCAAUAUUCACUUCAGAAUCUUCUCCAGUUGACAAUUCUGAUCAUAAUGAGCUGGGACCAUCAUACCGGCCUCAAAAUAGCCAUACGACGUUGGAAAGGCCUAACCCAAUCGAUGAUAUAGCAAAGGCAUUUUCGAUAACUAUCAUUCGGCGGGAUCCAACUUCGGGUGGUCAAUGGAAUGUCGGCACAGUUGAAGGCAAAUCAAAUCCUCAGACGGCGGGGAUGACGGCAACUAAAAAGCCUUACUAUGACAUUUCUGUACAUAUCACAACGCCAGGAUAUAACUACUUCCGCCACAACACCCACCCGACAACCAAUAUCAAGCUCGGUGGUACAACUCCGAAUCGGGGAGCACAAGGUGCUAGUUCUCAAACUCCAGGAAAUGAAGGACCCACAUCUGUAACGCAAAAAGGAGGAGUCCCCGGGUCAGGUUUUCAUCGUCAGGUCUCGAUGGAAUGGGCUGGUUCAUGGAAUAAAACUUUUAGACAACAUAAAAAGGCGAUAUCUGAUUUUUCUGGAAAUCACAGCAGGAAUAACAGCGGUAGCUCGGAAGGUCCGCAUGAAUCUGAUCUGGAAAAUCGGUCCAUGGAAGGGACCGAACAUUCUCGCGCCAAGGGUUACACAUUUCUGAGUCCCUGGGAAGGUACUUGUACAUUCUCCACGGGUGGCGCGGGCCGGUCCUUACGCUGUCGACACAGAUUACCAGCCCCAGUAUCCGCAGAUUCUCUCGCUUCCUCGUCGACCUCGGUGACUGUGAGCGAACUUCGCUUCAAUUUACCAAGUUCGGAUUUAUUCGAUAGAGAGAAAAUGGACUUGGCUGCAGCUCAGGUCAAGAGUGGAUCGUCUAAACUCACACGAAAACUAGGAAGCUUCCGCAAAAGACUAUCUAAACCUAACCCACAGCGUUCAUCUGAAACUCAGCCGCAUCAAACGUCUCAUACUACGCCAUAUGCAAGUAAUGGGGAAGAAGUUUUCUCGCUACCACCAAGACCUUCCUCGAUCAGCUCGUCAUAUGAAGAAGAUUCCCCGCCCCUGCCACAAAGAUUACAUAACUUUUUAGACGAGCUGACAAUAUCGAACGAUAAUGACGAUCGGUUGGACCUUAGUAUUGGACAGGAGAAAGCCGGUGGUGGAAAUAGAGGCAAACGAGCAAAACUGGGAAAAUUAAUUAUUCAUGACGAGGGCUUGAAGAUGUUAGAUCUCGUCGUAGCCGCCAAUAUUGGCGUCUGGUGGACUGUUUGGAAUCCUAACUAAAGCUUAUAACGAAACCAAACUGCUUUUUGUGUAUUCUUCACGCGUAUGGGAUUUGAAAGGAGUCAAGCGAGGUUCACAUAACUUUUGAAUAUUUUGGUAUCCUAAGAGAACAAGUUCUUGCCAAAUUUUCAAUUGCCAAUUGGCUAUGGUAAACUUGGCAUUUAAUGUUUGGUAUCUGUCGGAUAUGGUUAGUUUGCCGGAGAAUAAUGGAAAUUGUGCAUCACAUGCUCUACAUGUUUUCAGCCGCGGAAAUUUAUCUAUUUUCUCCUUCAUUCUGACCUGCAGUGUUGCCCCGAGCUACUAUAGGGUGUACAAUUUCAACUUAAUCUCCCGGGGACCUAUAC